AUGUCCCUGCAUGCCUGGCUGGCAGGGAAUAAGAUCGCAGUCAUUGAGAAUCUCGGAGCCACAGAGGACCUGUUUGACAGCAUCGACCUGUCCGACAACGAGAUUGUGAAGCUGGAGGGGUUCCCGCUGCUGCGGCGGCUCUCCACUCUGCUGCUCUGCAACAACCGCAUCACCCGCAUCAGCCCCCAGCUAGGUACCCAACUCCCCAAGCUGCAGACCCUAGUGUUGGCCAACAACCGUCUCACCAACCUCGCAGACCUCGACCCACUUGCAUCCCUGGCCCACUCACUCACCUCGCUCUCUCUUCUCGACAACACGGUUGUUAAAAAGCCCAAGUACCGCCUCUACGCCAUUCACCUGCUGCCCAAGCUGCGACUGCUCGACUUCCGGAAAGUGAAGCUCAAGGAGAGGCAAGAAGCAGAGGCAACAUUCGGCAAGGACAGAGCGGCGGCAGCAGCAGCCAAGCGCGUAUCAGCCAACACUUUCGUGCCUGGGGAGGCACUGGCAGAGGCGGGGGGUGCAGGCGGGGGAGGGGAGGGAGCAGCAGCAGCUGAUGGUGCUGGUGGUGAUGGUGGGAAGGAGGGAGGGGAGGGUGCUGCUGCAGCAGCAGGAGCAGCGAAAGGGCCAACACCAGAGCAGAUCACAGCAAUCAAGGUGAAGGUUCCUUCCAUGUGUGAAGGUGAAGGGUUUCAUGGUGAAGGGUUUCAUGGUGAAGGGUUUCAUGGUGAAGGGUUUCAUGGUGAAGGGUUUCAUGGUGAAGGGUUUCAUGGUGAAAAAGGCAUACUAGGCCAAUUGCCAUCGGACAUCAAUGUGCCUUCUGCAGAUACAGACAAAACAAGCCAACCCAUGGAAGCUGAUUAA